GGGUCACCCAGCCCGUAGAGGCUGCCAAACCUUGGGCCUCAGGGAGCCCACCAGCGGCGCUCAGCCAGGCAUCCGGCGGCAGCUGCGGCCCUUGUGGAAUGACGGUGGCCAGCCUGCAUCUGCGCCCGGGCGGCCGCCGGCCCUUCGCGCGCCUGCGAGGAAACAGACUCCCGAGGAGCUGGGUCACGCCCGCGGGCAUCAGAUGUUCUUUCUCCCGGCCAAGAAGCCGGGGGAGGAGAAUUGCUCCAGGCGGCGGAUGUGCCCCGGAAAACUGAGGCGAGAUGUCCCCGCUGACCUGCAGGCCGGGCCGCCUCAGCCGGACGCUGCUCCGCACCUCCCGCAGCCCGGGUCCCCGCGGAGGGUGGGGUGGGCGGGUCGGGAAACUGGGGGUGCCCGUGCCUAUUGGGUCUCCGUGAGCUUGCGCUCGCCCGCUGCCGCAGCGCAGCUCUGCAUUGGUCAGCCCGGCGCCCCGCCCGGCUCCCGCGGCCCCAUUGGCCGCGGAUGCCCGACCCCCGGCGAGGGCGCUGAGGCGGAGAGCGGGAUUGGUGGUCGCAGCGUCCCCGGGUCGCGGCCGCGCGCUCCGCCCGCCGCUGCGUCCCCACUAUGGCGGCGCCCAUGCAGCCCACCGCGUCGUGGGCGCCCGCCGGGGUCCCCCGCGGCUGUUGCGGCCGCCUGCGCCCUGGCCUUCGCCUUCCCGCCCGCGUCGGGCCGGGCGCCGCCUCCCCGCUGCCUCCCUCUCCGCUGCGAUUCAGUGGUUCUUUCCUUUGACUCCGCUGGACAAACACUAGGCUCAGAGUAUGAUCGGUUGGGUUUCCUCCUGAAGCUGGACUCCAAGCUGCCUGCUGAGUUAGCUACCAAGUACGCAAACUUUUCAGAGGGAGCUUGCAAGCCUGGCUAUGCUUCAGCCCUGAUGACUGCCAUCUUUCCCCGGUUCUCCAAGCCAGCACCCAUGUUCCUGGACGACUCUUUCCGCAAGUGGGCUAGGAUUCGGGAAUUUGUGCCACCUUUUGGGAUCAAAGGUCAAGACAAUCUGAUCAAAGCCAUCUUGUCUGUCACCAAAGAGUACCGCCUGACCCCUGCCUUGGACAGCCUCAGCUGCCGCCGCUGCAUCAUCGUGGGCAACGGGGGUGUCCUUGCCAACAAGUCUCUGGGGUCCCGAAUCGAUGACUAUGACAUUGUGGUCAGACUGAACUCAGCACCAGUGAAAGGCUUUGAGAAGGACGUGGGCAGCAAAACCACUCUGCGCAUCACCUACCCCGAGGGCGCCAUGCAGCGGCCCGAGCAGUACGAACGCGACUCUCUAUUUGUCCUCGCUGGCUUCAAGUGGCAGGACUUCAAGUGGUUGAAGUACAUCGUCUACAAGGAGAGAGUGCCCUUUCCCAAGCAAUGCCAAGUGCAGGCAGUGUCAAGUAGGUAGCAAGCGAGAGAGAAGACAGAAGUCAGGUCCAGAAAUUCAGAUUCCUGCUGGAUUAGGACAACAAAACCAUAAAACCAGACCUACGCUCUUAAUUAUCCUGCGAAGCUGUCCCAGUGGGCAGCAGAAAGCCACGGAAUACGGUGGUCCUGAGAGCGUGCGGAUCAGAUUUGUGCAGGGACGUGGAAAAAAUUGAAGGCGGAGGUGGGGAGACCUGGCGGCCUUUGGGGUGACCCCGGGGAGAAGAGCUGGCCUGUCCCAAGGCGGGAGCAGUGGAGAGCAGGAGGGAGCACACCUGCCCUGCUCUGGGCCACAGUGAACCAGCCCGUGGUCAGCCUCUCCACUUCCAGACUUCUCCUAAGGAACAAGGGGAGGAAGGAAGGGGCUGCAGGAGGAGAUUCCACGAGGGCACGGGGAAGCCAUGGGCCCUGGCUGGGGAGGCGCUCUUGUCCUGGAAGCUUCCCCUGUUGCUCUUGGCUGUGCUGAAGACCACGGCAAGGCCUAUCAGCCGGAGAACUGCAGCGGCCGCACACCACGCACUGUCAAGCUGGGUCCUGACUUGACUGAGCCAGGGACCUUCCUGGAAGGGGAGGGACUCGACAAGGAAGGCAGGCAGGGUCCAGCUGGCCUCGAGGAGAGGUUGGACCAUUCUGUAGGCCUCUGCGUUGUGUCCUGUGGGGCAGGGAAAGGAGCCGUGAGAGACCUGGGGCUACAUUUGGGUAGGCCUUCUGGGACAGGGCUGUGUUCCGGUGGCAGGCUUGGCAGUGUCAGCCAGCGGGGGAAGGCUCCAGCGCCUACGGCCCUCCUGCAAGGAGCCAGGGAGAACACACCCCCACCCCAACUUUGGAUGUCUGGACGUCUGUGUCCUGGCGUGUGGGGCGUCUGGCUCUACAAUCCAUACAGUCCUCCCAACUCUGGGAGGUGGGUCCCAUCACCCCUGUUAUGCAUGAGGACAUUGAGGCUGGAGGAGAUGACGUGACUGCCCCAGGUCACACACAUGUACAGUUGGGACGUGAGGCUCAAGUUUCAUGGGCUCCAGCCCUCCUGCUCCCGCCUGGCACCCCACCUCUCUCAUGGCUCCCGUCGGUCUCCGGGGCCUCGGCUUCCACCUGCCCCUUCAGGGUCGGCUGCAGGCUUCUCCUCCCCUCUCACCCCAUUACCAGAGAUUCUCUCUCUUUUUUUUUUUUCCUGUCCAAGUUUUUAUUUCAAUGUCAGUUCACAUACAUAACAGUCUGUUCAUUUUCCGGCGUAGAAAUGAGGGAUCCGUUACUUCCACACAGUAGCCGGUAAGGCGCCCUCCUCCGUGCCCGUCCCCAGUUUCCCCCCUCCCGGCACAGAGGUUCUUCAGCCGGGGUCCGCAGGUCCCUUGGCUUCGGGGAUCCCAUGACCCUCGCAUCGGUGUGCAGAAUGUAAAAUGUGUAUGUGCUCGUGUGUGUGUGGUUUUUUUCUGAGAAGAGAAGCCAUAGCUUUUAUUUUAGGAGACCGGCUGGGGUUUUGUUGGUACACGGUAUUUUUAUGGCUGGGAAAACCCCGACAUGCCCAAAUCCUGUCUUGGUCUUAUUUCUCCUUUCCCUGAAAUUCCUGAGGAGUCUCUGCCUCAGGUCGGUGACAACGGGAGAAAAGAAACCAGAGCCGUUGAACUAUUCGGUGCACCAGUUCCGGGGCUCUCCGGCCGGGCUCUCUGGGACUCGAGACCCAUGCCCAGGCCUCCUUUUCCCAGAGACAGGGAGCAGAGGCCGAGAUCAGGAGCUAGGCCUGCUGCUGUAUGACAGCACAGAGCUAAAGAGAGGGGUGUGUGUGUGUGUGUGUGUGUUAGAGAGAACAACUUCUUGCCUAUCCCAGUCAUUGUGACACUCAGUACCCUUAAACCAAAGUGGCCAGAUCAGCGGCUUCUCUCCACCGAAGCUUUGGCCAGAGUCUCACAGGGGGCAGAGCUGAUAAGCUCAUUUCUGACAGUUUUACGUAGUCGUCAUGUAUGGGACUUCAGAGAGGACACCUCAUGUCAUGGAGAGAACCAGCUCCUAAAGUUGGAUCCAGCCAGAUUCUCCCCUCGCCUUUCUGAACCCCAGUCACCUUCGUGAAAUGGGACGUGGGGCACCUGCCAGGCGACCCCUCCUCACUUCGGAGCUGCUGGAGGGCAGAGGGGAGGGCUCAUUCACCCUUAACCCCAGGCCCCAGACUUCCGGAGGCAGGUACUGCAGUGACGAUGGUCAUUGGGGUGGCAGAACACCUAUCUUGGCCUCCUGACACUCCGGUGUCACACUUGGCCCAGCCACCUCUGUGACCUUGAUCGAGCAUGUUGCUUCAUCUUGGGGACUGUACCUGUGAAGUGGUGAAAGCGGAGGAGAUGUAAAUGAGUAAGGUCUGUGAAAACCAGCCAGGAGACUUGCUCCCCCCCCCCAACCCCACCCCCCGCCGUGCCCUCCUGGUUCUCCUGAGCAGCCACUGUGCCUCCUGUUGUUCAGGUGGGGGGAGGGGCGGGCAUGGGCAGGAACCCCAGGUGCGGAACUGUUGGGGCCUGCCAGGUCCCGCGGAGGGGACAGGGGCCUGGCACAGCACGGGCUGGCACCUGCAUUCCUUCCAGUCCACACCUGGCCCUCUAAGCAGGGGCUCCUCCCCAGGUCUGCAUAAGAUCUUGGCCACCUCCACCCUUCCCCUUCCUGCGGGGUCCUGUGAUCCCUGCCUUUGGGUCUGUGGGAUUCCGAGAUAGAAUGGAGAGAAGCAGAUGACCGGUAAGCCAGGAUGGGCUGGAGAGACAGAAUCCAGUGCGGAUUCCCGGGUUUCUGGCUUGGAAGGUGGGGUGGAUAGUGGAAGAGAGAGAACUGAUAGUAGAAGGGGUAGAAGAACAUACAGAUAGUGGAAGAGGAGACAGAGCAGAUCUGCAGAAACCAGCAACCACGUUCACGUCCAGCAACAGCGGAUUGGUUCAGUAAGUUAUGAGACAUCCUGGUGAGACCGGUUCUUAGAAAACAAACUUUUGAUGUCUGGAACAAUCAGUUAUAUAGCUGUAUCAUUUAGCCAAACCUCUGCUGUAUACUUCUGGAUUUUCCUCUGGUUUGAAUUGUGCUUUUAUAAAUAACACUGAAUAAGCAGCCUUUUUUACAGAGGUCUUCACCAUUCUGAUUACUGUUAGAAGAGGAAGGUUGCAGUCAUCAGAUACAAAAACAGCCUUCAGGCUUUUGGUUAUAUUGUCAUUUUCAUUUUAGAAAGGCUCCACCAGUUUUACUCCUAUAGUGGAGUGCAGGAGAAUCCCGCCCGGGUGUGCCGACCGCCACAGUGCCAAGAUACAUACAGAGAGACACAUGCACACACGUACACGUAUUUUAGAGGAUAACAAGGAACACCUUAUUUUAAUUUGUCUCGUCACUAUUGGUUUUUUUAUGCUUAUUAACCUUGUGCUCUUUCCCUACUUUUAUGGUAUCCUGUUAAUUUUUUCAUUAAUUUUUAAAAUAUGUAUUUCUUAUUAUCUGUGCAAAAUGUUUCUCACUUUUUUGUUUCCCUCAUAAUUUGACUUAUUCUAUUUUUU